AUGCAAUUUUCUUUAUCUGAAUUUAUCGUCACAUUACAGGUCGAGACCAUGUUUGAGAAGUACAACUUCGCUGGUGUCUUCAUUCAAAUCCAAGCUGUUUUAACUUUGUGGGUCUCAGGUUUACUGACUGGGUUAGUCAUUGACUCUGGCGAUGGUGUAACUCAUGUGGUUCCAGUUGUUGAUGGCUACUCAUUCCCUUAUCUCACAAAACGGAUGAAUGUUGCUGGCAGACAUAUAACAUCUUAUCUCGUUUAUUUGCUUCAACGUGGAGGGUAUGCAAUGAAUAGCACCACUGACUUUGAGACUGUUAGGGAUAUCAAAGAGAAGCUUUGCUAUUUAAGUUAUGAUUACAAAAGGGAAUAUCAAUUGGGACUUGAGACUACCAUCCUUGUUAAGAAUUAUAUUGGAAAUGGAAGGGUCAUCAAAGUUGGCACUAAACGGUUCCACGCUCCUGAGGCUCUUUUUACUCUUGAACUCAUAGACGUCGAAGGUGAUGGAAUGACUGACAUGGUAUUUCGUUGUAUUCAGGAAAUGGACAUCGAUAUGAUGCUCUAUCAACACAUAGUUGUAAGUGGAGGGAGUAUUAUGUAUCCUGGAUUACCUAGUCGCUUGGAGAAAGAAAUUUUAGACCGUUACCUUGAAGUUAUUUUGAAGGGAAACAAGGAUGGGUUGAAGAAGCUACAUUUGCGUAUAGAGGACCCACCACAAAGAAAGUAUAUGGUGUACCUUGGAGGUGCAGUCCUUGCAGGAAUUAUGAAGGAUGCAUCGGAGUUUUGGAUUAGCAGAGAAGAUUAUCUGGAAGAGGGGAUUGCUUGUUUAAGAAAAUGUGGCCAGGCAUGAUUUUUUUUCACAGCCAAUCUGACCCCCUUUUUCCUGUUAAAGUUCUUGUUACAUGUUGCUUUUUCAAACAAGAGCAGAUGGGACAAAAUGAAAAGAUCCAUAUAGCUAAGAGUGUUGACAUCGAAGUGCCCCAAGAGUCAGGUGGCCAGCACAGUCCUCUAUUUUUGUGAUAACUUCUGGCGAAAGCUUCAUCAAGCCGUACUCACCAUAGCUGAAUCCGUAUUGCCUAGGCAGAUGAAGAAGUGUUAGUUGUGUUUUAAUAAAUUUUGCUUCCCUCUGUGUAUUGGUGGAGGUUUCUUCUAGAUUAAUAUUUGUCUGAUCUUGAAGUGAAUUUGAAUAUGUAUGUUAUUGUAAAAAUUCCUGUACUCAAAUUUUCCUUGGAUCCUAUGUGGUCAUAUGAAACACGGGGAAAGAAAUUAACUUUGGGAGGUUUGUAAACAUACUACUUUGAAUACUUCUGAAAUUUGA